CCGGCACUGGUCUGCAAAGUCUGCGGUGACACCAGCAGCGGGAAACAUUACGGCAUCUACGCCUGCAACGGCUGCAGCGGCUUCUUCAAACGCAGCGUGAGGAGGAGACUCAUUUACAGAUGCCAGGCCGGUACAGGAAUGUGUCCAGUCGACAAAGCUCAUCGUAACCAGUGCCAGGCAUGUCGGCUGAAGAAGUGCCUGCAGGCGGGCAUGAAUAAAGAUGCAGUGCAGAACGAGCGGCAGCCCCGCAGCACAGCUCAGGUCCGCCUGGACUCCAUCGACGUGGACCCUGAGAAGGAUCACCUGGCCACCACACGAGAGCCCACUUCCUCCGCCUCUUCUUCCUCCUCCUCUUCUUCCUCUUCCUCGGGCGGCUCUAAUAACCACCGCUUCAUGGCCAGCCUCAUGACGGCCGAGACCUGCGCCAAGCUGGAGCCCGAAGACGUGGACGAGAACAUCGACGUGACCAGCAACGAGCCAGAGCGAGCAUCCUCGGAGUACCACAUGGCUCUGUACCCGUCCAGCUCCGAAAACGUGUACGAGACCUCGGCGAGGCUUCUCUUCAUGUCGGUGAAGUGGGCCAAGAACCUGCCAGUGUUUUCCAACCUGCCCUUCAGAGACCAGGUCAUCCUGCUGGAGGAGGCGUGGAGCGAGCUCUUCCUGCUCUGUGCCAUCCAGUGGUCUCUGCCGCUGGACAGCUGCCCGCUGCUCUCUCUGCCAGACCUCUGCCCCGGCAUGCAGGGAAAAACCAGCUACACCAGUCUGGACCUGCGCCUCCUGCAGGAGGUCUUUACCCGCUUCAAGGCCCUCGCUGUCGACCCCACAGAGUUCGCCUGCCUGAAGGCCAUCGUGCUCUUUAAACCAGAGACUCGUGGCCUGAAAGAUCCAGAACAAGUGGAGAACCUGCAGGAUCAGUCUCACGUGAUGCUGGGACAACACAUCCGCUCGCACUACCCCAGUCAACCCGCAAGGUUUGGAAAGCUGCUCCUUCUUCUUCCCUCUUUGCGUUUUGUGAACUCAGAGCGGAUAGAGCUGCUGUUCUUCCACAGGACCAUCGGAAACACUCCCAUGGAGAAGCUGCUGUGUGACAUGUUCAAAAACUAA